AUGUCUCCCAGCGCACUCGAUACCCCCACUGCCGUCCCUACCAACGGUAACGCCCCCUCAGCAGCAGCAGCACCAACACCAGACGCCGCCACCGAGACCUCUUCGACGUUUCUCAAUACCCAGCCAGGCCCUGACCAUGACUGGAGAAUCACACUGAAGGACAAGGUCAUUGCCAUCACAGGCGCCAACAGGGGCAUCGGCCUGGGCAUCGCAGAGGUCUGUCUAGCGAACGAAGCCGCCGCCGUCUUCAGCCUCGACCUUUUCGAGCCCGGCGACGAGUUCCUCGCUGUGCAGACCGCCAACCCGAAGCGCCUUAGCUAUAUCAACUGCGAUGUCACCUCCGAAGAGAGCAUCACCUCGGCUAUUGAUGCCAUCAUAUCCAAGCGAGGUGCCAUCCACGGCCUUGUCGCCAACGCCGGAAUGACAAAGCAUCAGCCAGCGCUCGACUUUGAUCGCGCCCAGCUAGACAAGCUGUUCAACCUCAAUGUGUUCGGAGCCUACUUUUGCGCUACAACUGUCGCACGGCGGUUUAUCGAGCUCGGAAUCAAGGGUUCAAUCGUCUUCACGGCGUCGAUGACCUCGUACCGCCCAAACCGCGCAGCACCCUCAGCCCCCUACGGAGCUACCAAGGGUGCCGUGCGAAACAUGACGCACACACUAGCCAUGGAGUGGGCCAAGCACGGGAUCCGCGUCAACUCGAUCUCGCCUGGCUUCGUCAAGACUGCCAUGACAUACUUCGUGGACCAGACGCCGGAUUGGGGCCUCAAGAUGCAGUACUAUGGCGGCAUGCCUAGAUUGGCUGAUCCGAAGGAACUGGGGGGUGCGUAUGUCUACUUGCUCUCUGAUGGGGCUUCUUAUACAACCGGUAUUGAUAUCCCUGUUGCCGGCAUUGUAGGGGCUUGGUGA